CAAGAGUUUCACACAUCAGAUAUGAAUUUUCAUGAUCUGCACUGAUUGGGAAAUCACCCUGAUCAGAGAUGGGUAAUUCUCAAUCGUCUGCUCCUAAUCAUCGCUUUGAUAACGCUAAAAGAGCGUUCACUGAGAAGGAACUUGAAGACCUGAAUUCGUUGUUCCUCUCACUCUCCACGCAAUCAGAUGAAAAUUCCCAAUACAUCUCCCCUUCAGUUUUCAAGGUGCACUUUGAAAUUCAAGGUGUGCUGGGGGAUAGAUUGUUCGACUUGGUCACCCAGAACCGUAAGGAUGAAAAGCUUACCUUUGAAGAUCUUGUUAUUAGUAAAGGAACUUAUGAAAAAGGAACAAAAGAUGAGAUUGAAGAGUUUAUAUAUCAACUAUUAGAUGUCUCCGGUGACGGCACAGUUGGAAGGUAGAACUCUUAAUAUCUUGCUCCCUCCCUCCCUCAACAAUUAGAAAUAUAGAAUCUUGGGUGUCUUCUUGACUCAAAGUUAUCUGGCAUUAAAUUCUUGGUGAAAAACUUGGAAUAUAACAUGGUUCUUUGUAUAUGGUCAUCCAGUACCUUGAGGCUUUUCUUAAUGCUAAGUUUUAUCAUUUUCGCGGAUCUCAGAUAUAUGCUAGGGAUAGAAAGUUUUUUAGUGUGGACCCUUGCGUUCAUCCGGUGUUUGUGUACGCCAAGCUGAGAGCCUUUGUGUUCAAGGCAAGCCCAUAUGGAUAGGGAAUUUAAGGCCAUAAUAAAUAAUAAGUAAAAAAAUAAGUUGAGGAGAACAUAACCUAAGUGUGGGCCUAUGGCCCCCUUUUUUAGGGUCCCAAGAAACCAACAUGGAUAAGGUAUUAGUAUUAUGUGUAAUAAGCCAAAGGCGUGGUAUGACUCUACAGGCCCCAAAUGACAAAUUCCUUACCCUUGUGUUUAAAAAUAAAUAAAGUUCCACUAUACUUCUAAAAUGAAGUGAUCUGCGACAUUUCAUUUGUCGCAACUUGUGUAUUUGAAAAACUAGUGAAUAACGGUAAAUUUUUUGUUGGCAAAAAGAAGGGGAGAUAUGAGAAGUCACCUAGUCGUUUUCUUUUAUUGAUUAUUAUUUUGUAGGAAACAUUUUACUGUAUUUCUCUUCUUAUUAUGUGUAGUUUAUAUUUUAAAAUUUAAUUUUAAAAUACUCCCUCCAUCCUAGUGUUUUUGUCCACAUUUCUUUUUGGGACGUCCCACUGUUUUUGUCCAAUUUCCUUUUUCGGGAUACAGUUUGACAUUUUUGCCCUCCCAAGUGAUCCAUAUUUCCCAUUACGUCUUAAUUCAUGUUCAAAUUGUAGAGAUCUCAAACUUUAUUUCGAAAGACAGUCUGUCUAACUCCUCGACCCAUGGUUUUGAGACAAAU